CUUGAAGUGACCUCAGCUCGCUCCACAACCUCUAGACAGCCAUGACGGGCAUCAUGAAGAAAGUGACGGAGUUUUACAAGAAGGACGAGUGUAGCAAAUACUACAAGCUGGGCAAGACACUUGGAACUGGGAGCUUCGCGACCGUCAAGAGCGCUAUCAGCAAGGCCGACAACUCGCGUUGGGCCGUCAAAUGCAUCGACAAGGCGAGUCUGACGGCGGAGGAUGAAGAGGCGCUUCGAGUCGAAGUGGAAGUGCUGCAACUGGUGCACCAUAUGAAUAUCGUCCAGCUGAAAGAAGUGUUCGAUUGCCACAAGACUUUUUACAUGGUCAUGGAGGAAAUGAGUGGCGGCGAACUCUUCGAUCGCAUCGUGGAAAAGGAGAAAUACUCCGAAAAAGAGGCCAGUUGCGUGGUCAAGAAGCUGGCGGACGCUCUGCUCUACUGUCACCAGAAGGGCAUCGUCCACCGUGAUCUCAAACCCGAGAAUUUGCUGUACCAGUCCACAGACGACAAUGCCGAGAUUAAGAUCGCCGACUUCGGUCUCGCCAAGCUCAUCAAGGGCGACUCGCUCAUGCAGACGGCAUGUGGUACUCCCGGUUACGUGGCUCCAGAGAUUCUGGAAGGUCGCCCGUACGGAGCUGAGGUGGAUCUCUGGAGUCUCGGGGUCAUCGCGUAUAUUCUGCUGUGCGGCUUUCCUCCAUUCUACGACGAAAACAAUGCUGCACUCUUCCAGUCAAUCAAGUCGGGUGUCUACGACUACCCGAGUCCGUACUGGGACUGCGUGUCGGACUCGGCCAAAGAUUUGAUCUCACGACUGCUGGUUGUUGACCCCAAGAAGCGAUUCACUGCUCAACAAGUGCUCGAUCACCCGUGGGUGGCCGACAUCCACGGCGUGAGUGGCGAUGCCCUGCCACACUUCACUCAAGAAAUGAAGCGCUACAACGCCCGUCGCCGCUUCCGUUAUGGAAUCAUGGCGGCCAAGACCAUUUCGGCUUUGAAUCAUGCUCAGAAGCGAGUGAGUGCCAGCGACUUCGAGCCACCUGCGGCUGCGAUUGCUGCCGUCGGACUGGAAGCUGCAAAGACGACGGCACCUGCUACAACGGAAGGUGGAACGCCGGCGCCAGCACCUGCAGCGCCUUAG